UUGCUCUCCCCUAAAGAAACAAACCAAAAAUUUCACUCUCCACUCCAUCGGCAAAGCAUCCCAAUUCACUCUCCGCCCCUUCACACCGCAGCCGCAUCUAGGGUUCCCGACUGCCGACUCCUGCGACCGCCCCCUCCGACCCAACCACUCUCCCUCCUCCAAUCCACCUCACUCGCAGCCGGCAGAGAAUUUCCUCACCGCUGAUGGCGAUCCUCAAUCGUCUCAAGGCAGCAUUCACCCGCCUGGUUAGUGGCUACCGGCGGCUAGCUCCUCGGGCGGUUGCCUCCUCCCCCGCCGACCUCCUAUAUCCCGUCUCCUCGCCCAUGGCGAACAACGAAGUUGUGGGCUUGUCGCUGAUGGAUAUCCCCGAGCAUCUCCUGACAGAGAUCUUCCUCCGGUUGGCCACCAUAGAAGAUCUCGCCCGCAUCUCCGCCGCCUGCACCGAAUUUCGUCGCCUCGUCACCGACCGAUCCUUCCUCCGUUGUGUCCUUGGCGUCCACACCCCACAAUUUCUUGUCCUCCUUGAGGAGGGGGGGUUCCACCCAGCCCAACCGCCCCACCCCUCCACGGCCGCCGCCCACGCACUCACCUUCAAAGCCGACUUCACCUUCUCUUUCGUCCCAUCACCCCAUCGUCGACCCGGUUAUUGGUUCGUUCAGGACAUACGCGACGGCCGCGUCCUCCUCCGCUACGCCCCCUGGGGAAAUCAUCGCCUAGAAUCCACGGAUCUUGCGGUAUGCGACCCCUUGCACCGGCGAUACAUCAUGCUUCCUGCAGUACCUCAAGAACUUGCCGCUUUGGUAGCGCACCAGGACAUGGUAAACAAUCCAUGGUGCGAGCCUUUCCUCGGUGUCCCCCUCAUCGUUGGCGAGGAUGUGGAUGUGGGGACAUCAUUCAAUGUGAUCUGGGUGGCACAUUACCAAACGGCAUGGAAAACCGCGGUAGCCGCCGCCUUCAUCUUCUCUUCAGGCACUGGAAAGUGGAAAAGUGUGGGCGAGUUCACCAUGGUCUCAUUGAUCCAAUAUACAUUUUCCAGGCGCCAUUAUGCUUAUGGAUGCUUCUUUUGGGAGCUCAACAAAAUUAACAAAGAGUUGCUCAUGCUUGACACCCGAAGCAUGGAGUUCUCCACUGUUGAUCUUCCACCUGGAGAAUGGACUAUGAAUAUAGCCAUUGUGGAGGCGGGAGAAGGCAGUCUUGGCAUGUUUGGUAUCCGUGAUGAAACUGGCGGUGAUCUCUGUUUUUACAUUAGGAGGAAUAAAGGUCAUAGUUCUGCCCAAUGGCAUAUGGAGAAGACAAUAUCACUAGCUUCUGGGUACCGUCAUUAUAUCAAAGCUGCCACCGAGAGGUACUUGCUCCUAGCAAAGUGUGGAGAG